CCUCGGCUCUCUGCAUCUCUUCUUUUGCGAUCAGUCACACGCAGAUGGCGGGUACAAGAACCACAAACCUCCAGACUGCUGCGAAGCAGCCGCCACCGAUUCAGCCUCCACAGCGCAGCACAGUGGUGCAGGGAGCUGUGCAGAUGCGCAUCAAGAGCUCACAGAGCUCUGGAGACCGCCUCAGUCAGUCCAAGUCCAUGGUACUGCAGGAGUCCGACGUCCCUCAGAAACCUAUCUCUCGGCAUCGCAGGAAUCAGUCUCAGCAUAACGUCUUGGUCGCAGGAGGAGGAGCUGACGUUUUUGAAACGCUGGUCGAGUUAAAAGGUGAACACAUGAACAUGGCUAAAAUCUCAGAGAGCGGUAAGAAGCAGAGGAAGAACUGGACUUUGAUGUGGAGCGUGCUGACCUCAGACCAGCUACUGUUUUAUAAAGAGAGACAAGAAACUAGUCAGAAACCCGCAAGUAAGACAGAUGUGGUUCAGUUGUGUGGAGCUGUUAUUGAGUGGACGACAGAGAAGUCUAGCAGGAAAAACGUCUUCCAGAUCACAACAAACAGAGGAAGUGAGUACCUCCUCCAGGCUGACAAUUACUCCACCGCAAGUAAAUGGUAUGACACCAUCAGAAAGACCAUCGACUCUUCAACUAAAGCAGAUGGAGGUUUUUCUUUGCGGAGGUCAAAUAGCACAGAGUGCCUGCCCAGACACAGCUCCUUACCUGGAUAUAGGUCUGCAUCUCCCAAUGCCAAGCAACGCAAUCCAGUCCACAGACGCUCCAUCAAUAUGUUCAGCAGCUCCAAGCUGAAACACAGCACCUCCGACAGUGCUGACAAGAAUGGAGUUAAGAACAGACUGAAGAAGUUCAUCACCAGACGGCCGUCCAUGAAGACUCUGCAGGAGAAAGGCCUGAUCAAAGAUCGAGUUUUUGGCUGCCAUCUGUCAACUCUCUGCGAGCGUGAAGGAACCACAGUGCCAAGGUUCGUCCAGAUCUGUUUGGAUGCUGUUGACAAGCGAGGUCUGGAGGUUGAUGGGAUCUACAGAGUCAGUGGAAAUCUGGCCACAAUCCAGAAACUUCGCUUCAUCAUCGAUCAAGAGGAGGACCUGGACCUGGACCACAGUCAGUGGGAGGACAUCCACGUUGUCACUGGAGCUCUCAAAAUGUUUUUCCGUGAGCUGCCCGAGCCGCUGUUCCCUUUCAAGUUCUUCCAGCCGUUUGUGGAAGUCAUCAAGAUCAAAGAAUCCAAACACAAAGUUCAUGCUGUGAAGAAAUUGAUCCAGGAGCUGCCCAAACCCAAUCAGGAAACCAUGAAGCUGCUCUUCAGCCACCUGCACAGAGUUCUGGCAUUUUCCAGGAAGAACCUAAUGUCCACUCAGGGCAUUGGUAUUGUGUUUGGCCCAACACUGAUGUGGCCUGAGCUGGAUGCAGGAAACAUGGCGGUCAACAUGGUCUACCAGAAUCAGAUUGUGGAGUUUAUCUUAAUUGAGAGCCGGCAAAUCUUCAACCUGGAUGGGAAGUAAAUUGAGUUGGACUUGACAAUCUGACGGACUCAUGUACCCAUCAAAGCUAACAAUAAACAAAAUCCUUAAGAAAUGUUAUUGUUUUAACAGAGAACAGAAGUAACAUCUGUUUUGACUGUAGUGGGAAAAAAUAAAUGGAUUUAUUCAGAUCA